GCUUGGACUCCCUAUGCUGUCAGCCAGAUGGACCCGGUCUCCUUUCCGGUUCCUGCCUCUACCACGACAUUCACUUCCGAACUCUUACACGCUCACUUCCAUGGGCAGCAGUGGUCUCCUGGAUUCUACUUCAUCAACGCCAACAGCCUGCUCCCAUGCAAAUCCUACUGGCUGCUCAACAAUAUAGUGGAGCCGUUCUUGCCCGCCUCUCCAACACAGCAUGGAGCGAAGCUCACCCCCCUCUUCAACGAAACUCUAAGCAACGAAGGCGAUGCCCCAGACGAAGAGAACUACCAGAACGUCCCGCUCUUCAUCGAGUCCGCCGAUCCCAAUGACCCUGGCUUCAGAUACUUUGGCAACUACUCGCAGACAAGAUACUCGGAUGUGGUUGGCUAUGACACUUUGAUGAGCCAUGUACCGGACUCGGUGCGUCGCUACUGGGCUGCCCAACUCUCCGAUCGCGACCGCCCGGCUUGGGUCACCAAGAAGCUGAUGGAACACUUUUGGCCGAAACCCAUGUACGAGGGACCCGUCACCAACGAUGACGCAUCCGAUAGCACCGUGCACGACCGCCACGUCAAGCGCGCUUUGGAGAAGUAUGCCGAAGAGGUUGCUGGAUGGCAGAAGGAUGCCGAGAUGAAGGUCAACAUGCUGAGCGAACAGAACAUCUUCGACUCCUUCGCCAGCGCGGACGCAGACGCCGAGCCAGGUCUGCGGCUCUGGUGGGAGUACAUGCAAUGCGUAUCUUGGGACGAGAAAUUCUACGACAUGCUGGUGGAACUGAAGGCUCGACAGAAG